AUGAGGCGUGAGGAUGUCGAUUACCUGAAAGUGAAACACAUUUCUCACGUCACCAACAACAACAACAACAACAUCAACAACAUCAUCAGCAACAACAACAACAUCAACAACAACAAUAGUUUGAGCAACAUUUUAGACGAAUUUGACGAAUAUAUCUUAACUGGCAACACAAAUAUUGACGGUGAUGUCUCUUUCUACGUGACACCGGUGUUUGAAGAACAACAACCACUACAACAACGACAACAACAACGACAUCCAGAUCAUCCAGCUCAACAACAACAUGUAAAUCCAGACAUCAAAAACAUCCACAAUCGCAACAGAAACAAUCACAAUAACCACAACGGCAACUAUGAAGGUAACAAUUACGAAAUUAACAAAAGUGGAGCAAUUGAAUUAGAGAGAGAAGUCUUACAGCGGUUAAGAGAGAUCGAUGUAAGUGCAAUUUCCCCAACGACUUUCUAUGCCAGCUUGCAAUUCCAUGAGCCAUUUGCGUACAGCACAACAAACUGGAACACUGAGGGAUGCGAUAAAAACAUUGCCAGAUUUUAUCCAGUACCAAAAGAGGCAGAAAUGAAGAAAAUACCAGUCACUGUGAGGAUUUCAAAGAGGAACAGCAACAGAGUUCAUUACCACCAACAUAACACUCAACAACAAACACAACAUAAGCAAAAUCAUGAACAACAACUGAACACAAAUCACGCUGACAACAUUGUAGGCAGAAACAACGAAACAUCACUGAUAUCAUACAAAAAGCAACGCUGCUCAGUGAAUUUUACAAACAGAUGGGUCUUGAGACACGUUCAGAACUUCGUAAGUCAUAGAGAAGUAGUCGGACCAGUAUUAGAGAACAAGAUAUGGGGAGAUGAUAAACUAGAACAAAAAGACAGUUUUGAAAAAAGUUCCAAUGACUCAAGUGACAAUGAAGAUUCUCAAAGUAGUUCUGAUGACUCUGAAACAACACAGUCAUCCAUUGAAAGCUUGGAUCAAAGCACACAUCUGAAGCAAUCUCAACAGUCUACGUUUAGUGCAGUUUCAUUUGUACAAUCUGGGAAGCUGUCAGUUCGAAGAGCAGCCAUAGUAAGCACAAUUUUAAACAAGUCCGGUGUAAAAAUAACAACUCCUUCUCAGUCAGGUGUCUAUAGAGCGGUAUACAGAGAAACAAGUAAACCAGUAUUAGAGAACAAGAUAUGGGGAGAUGAUAAACUAGAACAAAAAGACAGUUUUGAAAAAAGUUCCAAUGACUCAAGUGACAAUGAAGAUUCUCAAAGUAGUUCUGAUGACUCUGAAACAACACAGUCAUCCAUUGAAAGCUUGGAUCAAAGCACACAUCUGAAGCAAUCUCAACAGUUUACGUUUAGUGCAGUUUCAUUUGUACAAUCUGGGAAGCUGUCAGUUCGAAGAGCAGCCAUAGUAAGCACAAUUUUAAACAAGUCCGGUGUAAAAAUAACAACUCCUUCUCAGUCAGGUGUCUAUAGAGCGGUAUACAGAGAAACAACUAUGAAGAUGAUAGUGUCGGACACUACAAAUGUUAAUAAUGGGUCAAAGUCUGGUGUUGUGGUGAGACUUCAGAAACUUUUUGUUCAACACGGUGAAUCUGCGCCAGUUUUUAUAGGUAAUUUAUCAUCCUGUCCAACAUACGUGCAGUUGAAUGUCCGGAAAGAACCUUUCAAAGAAGCAUUCCAUGAGGUUGACCUGUACGUGUCUUGCCCACCCACAUUCAACUACACCCUGGCAUUCAGGGACAAACCAACCUUCAGGACAUUUGAUUCCUAUGUACUGGCCAUAAAAUCUUCCGUGAAUAAGUUUAAAAAUUUUGAAAAAGAAGGUUUCUCCAGCAGUGACAGUAUGUGGAACAACGGAGAAUCAAAAUUUUAUGUUGAAACAUUCACUCUGGUUUACAUUCAGAACUUUGAGAAAAAUUCACCAAGAAGCAAUAGUGAAAUGAACUCACUGUUAGACACAAACUUUAACUACAAUAACAAGGACGACAAAAACAUCAAAAACAGAACGAAUAUUUUAGGAAUAAAUGAUGAAGACAGUAAUUAUUUUAACAGUUCGCAGCACCAAACCCCACUGAAUAGGGAGAUGAAUUUCUUGCAAUCAAAACUACAGAAGACAAUCUCAUUGAUAUGCAUCUCCGUCAUAUUUCUCCAGACGAUACUCACUUUGUUUUGCAUGUUUGUUCGCAUGAAAAAACCAUCAACUCAUAAAGGUUGUUACAGACAUGCUCCCACUCACGCGCAUCAUCAUCCCCACCAUCAAUGCAUGAAAAUAAAUGAUCAGAACAGAAUGUACCAACAGGUUGCUGAUGAAAAUAAAAACGUCUCGAGCACUUCAUUCGCCAUGAGAGCGGCGUGCGGCGAACAAUGCAAUUUGCUUCCUUUCUACCAAUGCAAGCCAACCAAUCCACUCAAAUAUUCUAGCGAUAAUAUUAAAAAUUAUCACAAACAACAAUCUUCACUUGCAAGAAGUAAAUCUUCAGACACCCUUUCAACAAAACAUCAACAGCGAAACGUUCAAUUUGACAAUCCAAAUUAUUGCAUGGAGGGGCAGUUGAAAGUAGGAAAUUGUAAGAGAAACAAAGAGUUCAUGAAGUGCAACAGCAGCAGCAUCAAUAAGAAAUGUGUAACAAUGGUCCUCACCUUCUACAUUAUGUUCUGGGUUGUGUACAGUCUCCUCUUCACAUUCUCUGUCUUUUUAACUUUCUUUGCAUCCAUUGUCUACAAUGAUCUGUUUUAUUUUGAUAUAAACAAUUUUUCCGUGGUCAUAACUAAUUUCUCGGAGCUUGUUUUAGAAAGAGAAAAUAGAAUCAGCAUAACGGCGACCGAUGAUUUCUUCACGAAAGCUGUUAAACUGAUUAGAACUUGCGAGCUUCAUUACAUUGCUAACGUUGCCACCGUCAUUCAGUCGGAAUUUAAAAUUACAGAUCAAAAUAACGCACAGAAGAGAGUUGCUCUCAAAACGUUUUACUUGAAAAAUUUGUAUUUUCUAUCACAGACAAGAAUGUUAUUAAAAUAUUUGUCUCAAUAUUCGAGGGCAUCGGUUCAUUUUCUUUCUUCUUCGCUGAAAGAGAAAGUGAUUAACUUAUGCCUCUCUCCGUACAGUCAUUAUCAACAAUAUUUGUCCAAACUUCUCAGAUCUGAUUGGCUAAACAUUGCAAACAGAAUUAACAAUAAUUUAAAACUCAGUGCAUACACUAUUCAAAAUUAUCAGAUUACAAAUGUAAAAAAAUUCAUCAGUUUCCAUUAUUUGGACGGCGAUGACGAGACUGUGAAUGAACUGAAAGUAAAAACUUUGAACGAUCGUCUAAGAUUGAAAGUGACUCUUGGAAAGUUACUAGAAGCUGAUGAAAUUCUGGAUGUUCAUCUGUGGCUCGAUGUCUUCUAUAAGAGAUUUAAGCGGCAGUUCAGUAAAUUAGUCUCCGAUAGCAUAAACAUCAAUAUCAAUAAAUCAAAUUAUUUAUUCGCUUCGGAACAUGGUUCUUUAUUGAAAGAUCGAUAUCACGUUCUUCAAAAACAACAACAACAACAAGAUUGGCUACAAUUACCAAACGAACAAAACAUGAAAGUCAUUGCAGCCAUAAAAUUAUUUUUACAUCUCAACCGAAUUGACCGAACAUUCAAGGAGCAGCGCUUCAGAAGUGGAAAAAAUAUAAACAACGGAAACAAUCACAACAACAACAACAACAACAACGUCAUAAAUUAUUAUAACAAAAAUAACAACAACAAUGGCAAUGCAAAAAAUAAUCUGAAUUAUAAUAAUGUAAUGGGAUAUGAGGACCACAAUUCAGUAACAAACAUACUCUCAAACAGCCAUCCAAACGAUUUUGUAAUCUCAAAUAUCAAUCACUAUUCUAUAUCAGACUUUGAUCAGUUUAAAAAUAUUUUGAUCUACAACGCGAACAACAACAACAACAACAACAUGCAAAACUACGACAAUCUACUUGCCGACAACAACAAAAACAACAGCAACAACGACGACAAAAAUACUUCUGAUAAAGAUAAAAUUGACGACAGCGUGAAGCACAGAUCCAAAAAAACUGACGACGAACCUGAAGAUCUAACCAUUGAUAACAGCAGCGAAGCAGUUUUUUUAACAAGAACGGAGCUAUUUAUAUCCUCUCUGUUAACGAGCAGGCGAUAUUUUCAAGCGGAUGUCGGCGUAAAAGGCGCCAUUUCGCAUGGAAAUGGCGUCAAACAGACGUCCAAAAAUUUGCUGAACAGAAUGCUAAAUCGAGUAACUGCUGAUUUUAAUACUAAUGGUGACGAUGACGACGUCGACGAUGAUGCUAACAGUAAUGAGAAUUUUUAUAACGGCAAUGUUAUUCGAAACAAAACUGACAAACAUAUUGAACGUACGAUUCCAAUUAUAUUAACAACCGACCAAAAUACUUUCACCAUUGGUGAGUUUUUAAAAGAAAAAUGGUUUUUAGUCGCCAUUGUUUGCUUUUUCUUGGACGUCGCACUCUUUCUCCAGAGGCUGACAAAAGCCACAAACAACGCCAUCAUUCUCAAACAGUUUCUGACCUUUUACAGCCAAACUAAAACUAUAAAAUCGUACGUGGAUAAUCAACAAAACAAAGUAAAUUCAAAUGAGUACCUUACAAAAUGCCCAUUCUGUCCAGAUGACGAUCAUAAAAAAAUGGAAUGCCACGUGACUGAAGAUGACGUGACAUCCAUGAAUAACUCAGAAUGCAGGUGCUGCCGUUGUUUCAACGGAUGUUGCCAGGACAACUACAAGAUGGACAAGGAACGGCACUGUUGUUUUUUCAGCCCAGCACCGUCGGAUAGGCGAAAAACAUUGCGAAGACCGGUCACACUUGAUGUGCUCAGAAAAAAUUUUCCACUACACAGGCAUCUAGCGAAUAAAAACUUUGUUUAUACAAUAUCAAUUUUGUCCCUCUUUACAUUUUUCAUUUGUCUUUUAAAAGUUGUGAUGUUGACGAUACAUCCCUCCACAAUUAAUAAGCUGAGUCUCGUUUCUAGCUACGACAACAUCGUCAGCACGACAUGCCAGCAGACCAGUCAAGAAAUUAUUCCAUACAUUAGCGAGUGUUUCCAACAUAGCAUCAUAGCACCUGGCAAGUAUUUGAGAAAUUUCGAAAUGAGAGAGCUCAAAAAUAUAUUCGAUGCAAAUCUAAGAUAUGUCAGAAACUUGGAAAAAUUGUCAAACAGAGUUCGUUCCUCGUCGACAUCUUCACAGCCACUUCCAUCAUUCCCGACACAUUCAUCAUUGCAUCCACAGUUUUGGUCCUCUUCACGUUCAUUCAAUUUUUUUCCGUGUUCUUUUCCACAGUUGAACAUGUAUCUUGUGACGACAUCAGCUUUUCUAACACUCGACACCAUUGUAUUUGACGAUCAAAAGUUGAACAAAGAUGAUCUCAACAACUUUCAGCAACAUGACGAUUUCAUGUCGCAACGAGUCAAAACUCUACCUGGUCUGCCGGUCCAACACACCAUACACCGUUUUCAUCAUCACGCCAAUCAAAUAUUUUUGGCCGAACACCAUUUCAUUGACCACAGUCAAAACAUGAAUAGAGUAAAUAAAAUAUCCAAGCCAGACCAACAACUCGAGGAUGAAACAACACCUCCAUUUAUUAAUAGUACCAACCAAUUUCAUAGUCCAGUUUCUCAUAUUCACUCCAGUCUUCUACUCCAACCACUGACAUUGCCACAACACAAACAACCUCAAACUUUCUAUUUCCACAAGCAAAACAGCAACCAAAUAAGCUUCAGACACAGUAAAAAAAUGAAUCAGUUGUUGAGACCGUUCGUAAAGGUCUACCACAACGCAAUCAGUGGCUUCUACAUUCUUCUCACGGCCACACUUGCAGUGGUAUUUCUCCUGAACGCGGCCAGCUACUACCUCAUCUCCACUGUCAAGCGACGAGGAGGUUCUUCCGGAACCAUGUUAGACGAUGUUGAAGAUGACGUUGAUUUGGUUCUCGGCAAAUACUACCAGCGUUUCUACGGUGAAAGUUACAAUAGUGUUGAUUCCGAAAUGGAAGUUGAUGAAAAUGAGCGGGACAUUCAUAGUUAUAAAACGUUUUCAAAUGUUGCGACUGGAAAAUACAAAACCACGAAAAUGUUCAAUACCCCUUUAUUUACGACAGCUGCAAACAAAAUUUCUUUUAAUGUUUUCAAUAAAACUCAGGCGGACAGAAGUGUCUGUUGCCCGCUGAACAUUUGUCCGCAGCACCAAUGCAGCAUUGUUAGAACAGGAAACCCUUACAUUCAACAAGUUCUUAUAAACAGUGUUAAAUUAAAAGAUAAUCAAUAUUCACAAUUCGAUACGUCUGACACUCAUCUGUUUAGCUCAAAUAUGAUUGUGGAAUUGCAAAAAAAGUCAAAUUUUCAACAUCUUCAACAUCCAUUCCGUCAGAAACCAAUCUCUAACUUUUAUCAAAAAACUUACACGCCACAGCAACAGCAACAACAACAACAGCAACAACAACAACAAAUGCCUCAACGAUUGAAAUCCCAACUUGAACAUUCCUCUUCAUUUUCUCUUGAAAUUUCCAAACUCCAUCAAAACCAGUCCCAACACAACCAACAACCUCUAACACAACAAUUCAACUAUUCAAGGUUCCACACUGCCAACACCAACGCGACACCAAACCCAAAAAAUGAAAUGAAAAUUUCAGAGACUCACGUUUAA